UGUGGAGAGUCAGCACUCAGUGUACUGAAGGUCCUACACACACUCUCACUGCAUGUGAACACACACACACGUGCACACACACAGGUUGGCUGGAGCACUGCAGUGAGGGUUGCCGUGUGAAGUCCUGUGACAGUGCAUGUGUGUGUGUGUGUGUGAGUGAGUGGGUGGGUGAGUGUGUGUGUGUGUGUGUGUGUGUAAUGUGUGAUAACGGAGAGUUGGAUGAUAAACCCCCCGCCCCCCCGGUCAGGAUGAGCAGCAGUAGUAAAGACGGCGUCCCCAAACCGCUGCCCUCCGUCCCCGAGGAAAAGAAACCACGCAAAGGGAUCUACUCCAUCUUCUCCGCUGAGAAAGCAGGGAAGCGUAAGGAUAAGGAUAAGGACCGGCCGGAGAUCUCACAUCCCUCAGACUUUGAGCAUACGAUUCACGUUGGGUUCGAUGCUGUGACAGGCGAGUUCACUGGAAUGCCGGAGCAGUGGGCGCGGCUCCUCCAGACCUCCAACAUCACCAAGUCGGAGCAGAAGAAGAACCCACAGGCCGUGCUCGAUGUGCUCAAGUUCUACGACUCGACCGGAAACGGGAAGCCCAAAUACCUCAGCUUCACAGAUAAGGACAUCCCUCCAGUGAAGAAGGGGUCCGAACCGGUACCUGGUGGCGGUAAAGAUGAUUUAGAUGAUGAUGAUGAUGAUGAAGCCCCGCCCCCUGUGGUGGCUCCUCGACCUGACCACACCAAAUCAGUUCUCACUCGACCUUCGAUGAUCGACCCUCUGCCUCCUCCAGACGCCUCCAAAGCCGCAGAUAAACAGAAAAAAGGAAAAGGAAAGAUGACUGAUGAGGAGAUCAUGGAGAAACUAAGGACGAUAGUGAGCAUCGGAGACCCGAAGAAGAAAUACACACGAUACGAGAAAAUCGGACAGGGUGCAUCUGGUACUGUGUUUACUGCUAUUGAUGUCGCUACAGGACAGGAGGUGGCUAUUAAGCAGAUUAACUUGCAGAAGCAGCCAAAGAAGGAGCUGAUCAUUAAUGAGAUCCUGGUGAUGAAAGAGCUGAAGAACCCCAACAUCGUCAACUUCUUAGACAGUUUCCUGGUGGGGGAGGAGCUGUUUGUGGUGAUGGAGUAUCUAGCCGGUGGUUCUCUGACUGAUGUGGUUACAGAGACGUGUAUGGAUGAAGCUCAGAUCGCGGCUGUGUGCAGAGAGUGUCUGCAGGCGCUCGAGUUCCUGCACGCUAAUCAGGUGAUUCACAGAGACAUCAAGAGUGACAACGUGCUGCUGGGCAUGGACGGCUCCGUCAAACUCACGGAUUUCGGGUUCUGCGCUCAGAUCACCCCGGAGCAGAGUAAGCGCAGUACGAUGGUGGGGACGCCGUACUGGAUGGCCCCCGAGGUCGUGACCCGCAAGGCGUACGGCCCCAAAGUGGACAUCUGGUCUCUGGGCAUCAUGGCUAUAGAGAUGGUGGAGGGAGAACCACCGUACCUCAACGAGAACCCACUGAGGGCGCUGUACCUCAUCGCCACUAACGGAACCCCGGAGCUGCAGAACCCUGAGAAGCUCUCGCCUAUCUUCAGAGAUUUCCUCAACCGCUGUCUGGAGAUGGACGUGGAGAAGAGAGGGAGCGGCAAGGAGCUGCUGCAGCACCCGUUCCUGAAGCUCGCGAAGCCUCUGUCCAGCCUCACCCCCCUCAUCCUCGCUGCCAAGGAGGCCAUGAAGAGCAGCAGCCGCUAGCUCUGGACCCGCCCCCUGUAUGAGUCUGUGUGUGUGUGUGUGUGUGUGUGUGUGUGUGUGCGCGUGUGCGUGUGUGUGUGUGUCUGUCUGUCUGAUGGUGUAUACACACAAUCUACCAAACCGCUGCAUGGUCAGAUGUGGGCGUGUCCUCCUAGCUCCUUGUUGCCAUGGAAAUGCACAUAUCUGAUUAUUUUAUUAUUAUUAAAGUUAUUAGACUCAGCUGUGUGUGUGUGUGUGUGUGUGUGUGCGCGCGGAGCUGCCAGCAAGGAAGCCAACACUGCCGUCCAGUCACUAAUCGACAUGGCGCACACCAGACGUCUGUACAGCAGUUGCAGCCAGCAGGGGGCGCUUUUCUAAAGAGGCGGUUUAUAGAGACACGGUUAUUGCAAAACGAGUGAAAAGUAGGAACACAGUUUAAUCUGAAAAAAAAAAAAACAUUUUGGAAAAAAACAAGAAUCCAAAACACCAGGAACACUUCACAGAGACAUACAGUAUUUAACGGAGGGGCGGAGUUGGGGUGGGUGCUCAGAAAGUGCAACCCCGCCCCUCACCCCAGUCCGUGGGGCCAGACAGUCUGUUACGUUUUCAGUCUUGCUGGCCCCUCCCACUUUAUAUAUACUUUGCAUAAAGGUAAAGUGCAAAAAAAAAUUUCACUUUACCUCACCAGCACAGGCUCUACCUAGAAUUCAGAGUGUAUGAAUAAAAUGAGAUAUAUUUCACUCUGUGUGUGUGUGUGUGUGUGUGUGUGUGAGAGGUUCUGUAAAGCUCAGAACUGUUGCACUGUGUGUGUGUGUGUGUGUGUGUGUGUGUGUUAGAUUCCCAUUUCCAGUAAAACAAAAACUGAUUUUCAUUUCAGUAUUCGAGAAAUUGUUGAAACCCACAGACUGUCAGACUUAUAAAUCUGUUUAUAAUAAAUCUUUCUUUUUUUAUGAUUUUUUUUUUAUUUUCACUGUUGCCAUGGUUACAGACCCACCUGAAUUUCUGCAUCACCCUGUAAUAAUUUUCUUCAACUUUUUAAAAAUCUUUAUUUUUUACUAUUUCCAUGGAAGAUCAGCAUUAUUAAUAAUAUCAUUAUUUUAUUAUUAUUAUUAUUAUUAUUAUUAUAUAAUUAUUAGUAUUAUUAUUGUUGAGAGCAUCACCUUUGACCUUGAGGGCGUGUCCUCUCUGGGCUUCCGUAGCACGGUCUUCUUAAACGCCGCUGUGUCUCUACGUAUUAGAUGUACAAAGAAGUUCCUGGGCUUUUUUAAUUUUGUAUUUGGUCUCCUGUAAUGUCUGAUCUUGUGUUAAGAAUCUAAUAAACAUCAGAAUCUGUUAAAUAAUUAGAUUCUUCCAUCAGCGCAGCUGAACUCAGGAGGGUUUUUUUUUCUCUGACUGUUCAUUUUUUUAUAUUUAUGAACAUGUAUAUCUAUAUUUUAUAUUUUUAACUAACAGUCUGAUAGCUGCAAAUUAAAACUCGUUAACUGUUGCCUUAAAAUAAAUCAUUUUGUGAAA